AUAAAUACUCUGCCGAAAAAGAAAAUUGUCAGAUCACCACCAUUGUCUUUCGAAGUCGUCAGCUGUUCUGAUAGAAAAUAGUUCGCCACAAUGAAAUUCUACGCCAUUGCUCUUUUACUGGUUGUACUCUGUGUUGCCAACAGUGAAGCAUUCUGGAAAAAGAAAUGCAAAAAAUGUAAGUGGGGAUACGGCGGUGGUGGAGGCGGCGGAGGAGGAUAUGGGGGCGGCGGCGGUGGCGGCUAUGGUGGUGGUUACGGCGGCGGCUAUGGCGGCGGUUACGGAGGCGGUGCUGGGGGCGGCUACGGAGGCGGAGCAGGGGGCGGCUACGGCGCAGGAUAUGGAGGCGGCUAUGGUGCCGGUUAUGGUGGUGGCUACGGAGGCGGGGCUGGUGGCGGCUACGGAGGCGGAGCUGGAGGCGGCUACGGAGGUGGUCGUGGGCAUGGCUGGAAAAAAUACUAAAUUUCCUGAUGAUUUCACUAAAGGAAUAUAUUAUUUUUUUCGACGACCUACCGAUAUAACAUGACCGACAGUCAACACUUGUUUAUAUGUAGCACAUUAAUAAACACUGUUAGCAUUUAAAAUGUUA